CAAGCCGACACCAGCGCAAAUCGAACUCACCCAGCGGCCGGCGGAGGAGAGACAGCAGGAUGAGGGACGGAGAUGUGCGCGCAGACACAACGCACCUACGACGCCAGCGGGUCAGAGGGGGGGAAAUGAAGAGGGAUGUGACGAGGCACCUAAACAGAACGGCAGAUGAGAGUCAUACUGUCUCGGAGACGCUCUUCUUCCGGUGAUCUCAAAGGGCCGCGGGGCUCGGGGUGUGUGUCUGUGUGUGUGUCUGUGUGUCUGUGUGCGGGACGGGGGACGCGCGGCUACCGGCUGCUGCGCUCUUGCUCAACCUUGGACUGAAGAAGACGGGUCCUUCUCGCUGUCUUAUUUCAACCUGCUGGAACUCUCCGAGAGGGCGAAUGGUCUUCGCCAUGAGGGCUUUUUCAGCCAACUUGUUCGCCCUUCUUUUCCUGUGCGCCCUCGCGAGUGUUUUCUACGUCUGGAGCGUGCUGGAGAACCGUUUGGAGCGACACAAGCGCGGGCUCUCGGUGCCGGGCGGAGGCUCUUCCCUCCGCGGUCUGCCAGAGGACCUCUCCGCCAAAACUUUCCGAGCAUUGCUCGCUGUCCCGGUGGCACAAAGAGCGCACUCGAGGGGCAGACUCGGAGCCCCCAACCUCACUGAUCCAACCGCGGCGGAUUACCGUGCGAAUGGGGACGACAAGAGGUCAGCGCCGCGCGAGGGCGCGGUCAAGUUGGGCUCCCCGGUGGUGGAUGGGAUAUUUUGGAGUGACUGGCUGGAGGAUCUCCUCCCCGCGGGCUUCACGGAAGAACACGCUCGGGCUUGGAGAGAGAGAGCCAGGACGCGGCGAAUCGUGAAGCUGGAGCCGGGAUGCGGCAGGAUAUCGAACCAGCUCGCCACUUUCUCAGACGGCACCAAGGCGUGUGUGCGCUACGGGAUUAACGCGGAUCAGGUGCAGGGAGAAACUUUGACGUAUUACCUGGCCAGUUUGCUGGGCAUCGCCAACCUGCCCCCUCUGGCGCUCUCCCAGCUGAGCGGGGACAGCGACCAGUGGGCGGCCGUGAGGACGCGCAUCGGUGGAUUGCAGUGGAGCGAUCGCGCCGUGGUGUCUCUUACCGAGUGGGUCUCCGGCCUGAGCGGAGUGGUGACGCCGGCGCCGCUCAGGCAGGAGAGCGGCGGGCUGCACCCCGCGCUCGGGGAGCUCCGGAACAAGAGCACGGCGGAGCUGCUGGAACUGAUGCAGUGGAGCGACCUGAUCGCCUUCGACUACCUGACCGCCAACUUCGACCGGCUCGUGAGCAAUCUGUUCAGCCUGCAGUGGGAUUCGCGCGUAAUGGAGAGGGACACCAACAACCUCCUCCGAACACCCCACGGGGACCUCGUGUUCAUAGACAACGAGGCCGGCCUCGUGCACGGCUUUCGGGUGUUGAACAUGUGGGAGAAAUAUCACAACACGGUGCUGAGCUCCGUGUGCGUGUUCAGAAAAAGGACCACGCAGCGCGUGUCUGAGCUGCACCGGCGCAGAGACACCCGGACGAGGCUGCGGGACCUCUACAGAGACAGCGAGCCUUUGUCCCUGGAAUUGGGAUAUCUCUCGGACGAGCACGCCGGGGUUCUCCAGGACAGGAUAGACCGAUUAUACGAACACAUUUUGCAUUGCAAAGAAAAAUACGGCCGGCUGUGAACAUUCAGCAGGCGCAGGUGAAGGAUUUGGUGGUUUAAAGAGCUGCGCAGACGCGAUUGGCACAGCUGUGCCGGGCAGAUGCGCGUUACACUAAACGGUCUUGAACACCCAGCUGAACUACCUCUUGUAAAUAGAAUGCGAUGCUUACUUUAUAAGUAAGUACAUGUUCAUAAGAUCUCCGCUGUAUGCCUCACAGAGAGGGAUGAUUAAGGCCAGUCCGUCUCCCGUCCUAUACUUCAGCCCACUGAUGCGUAAACGUAAAGAGUAGUAGGGUAUCGUACAUGUGUAUUUGGAUUAUUGCGUUGUGUUCAGCAGUCCUAAUGAUAAACUCCUAAGCCUUAACGUGAGUUGACUCUUGAAUUCUGUAACUCUGUCGAAACCUUGCUCGCUUUAUAAAGAACAUUGUUUGCACAUUUGUCAUAGCAGCACCUGCACUCCUUGUGUUUCAAUUGCAUAUUCAGCCUUAAAGUCACAGGUAGCACUUGUACAUGUUGUAAUGUAAAUAUUAUAAGCCAAAAUGUGAUGUUCAACUAAUUUAACGUGCUUUGUAACAUUCCGUUUUGAUAAAUACACUGUAAUUUAAUUGAA